AUGGAGGAAUUGGCCCGGGAGAGCAUCAGCCUGCUGGCUCGGUCUGCAUCUCAUGCAGAUCCUCCGCGGCUCGGCUCGUUCGGUGCCGUGUUCAUCAUGCUGAAGUCUGCGCUCGGAGCCGGACUGCUUAACUUCCCCUGGGCUUUCCAGAAGGCGGGGGGAGUGACGACUGCCAUCACUGUGGAGAUGGUAUCCCUGGUAUUUCUCAUCAGUGGUCUGGUCAUCCUGGGCUAUGCGUCGUCUGUCAGCAGACAGAAAACCUAUCAAGAUGUCGUGAGGGAGGUGUGUGGACGAGCCGUGGGUCAACUCUGCGAGGUCUGUUUCUGCUUCAACCUCUUCAUGAUAUGUGUUGCCUUCCUGGUGGUGGUGCAGGACCAGCUGGAGAAACUGUGCAUUUCCUUAUAUGAGACUGUGACCGGGUCAGUUGAGGGAGAAAUGCCGUAUCACUGGUACACUGACCAAAGAUUUGCCCUCUUCAUCAUGUGCCUCGUCAUCAUCCUACCACUGUCCAUCCCAAAAGAAAUCGGUAUCCAGAAAUACACAAGUGUGUUGGGGACACUGGCUGCUACAUAUCUGUGUGUGGCAGUGAUUGUCAAAUAUUACCUGAUGGAGAGCCAUGAAGUCAUCAUAACUCCAGAGCACAGCGAAGGUGUGAGUUCAUGGGCAUCGAUGUUCAGUGUGGUGCCAACCAUCUGCUUUGGCUUCCAGUGCCAUGAGGCCUGUAUAGCAAUCUAUAGCAGCAUGGAGAACCAGAAGCUCUCCCACUGGGUGCUCAUCUCUGUGGUCUCCAUGUUUUUCUGUUUGCUCAUCUACACUCUAACUGGUGUGUAUGGCUUCAUGACGUUCGGACGAGUGGUUGCCUCAGAUAUUUUGAUGUCAUAUCCAGGAAAUGAUGUGGUCAUGAUCAUUUCCAGACUACUUUUUGGAAUAUCAAUUAUCACCAUCUAUCCUAUCAUUCUUCUCCUGGGGAGAUCGGUCAUCCUGAACCUGAUGUUACGGAUUCAGAGGCGUCGCUGGGGAAUUGUCACUCACUCAUUUGAGAGUCGCUGCAGAGUCGUUCUCACUGUGAUCUGGAUCACCAUCACUCUUCUCAUUGCAAUGUUUGUCCCAGACAUGGGAGAGGUCAUCAGUGUCAUCGGAGGAAUCAGUGCCUUCUUCAUCUUUAUCUUUCCUGGUCUUUGCUUAGUGUUCACAAUGCAAACAGAAACUGUGACUCCAAGAAUCAGGGUGAUUUUAACAGUUUGGGGAGUCAUAACCAUUGUAGUAGGAGCCUUCAUCUUUGGACAGAGUACAACCAUUGCUGUCAUGGAGCUUUUUCGCAAAUUUUGA